UUCCUGCUGUGACCCAGGCUUGCCUUGAGUUGUGUUGCUAAAGCAAUGCCACGCCUGGCUCAUUUGCAGGUCUGGCAGGUGAUGCAUUCCUUUGGCUGCAGCACUUCGGAUACUUCCCUGUGUAAGGCAGAAUUGCUCAAUGCUAGCUGCUCUCUUCCCUGUGAUACUCCCCCAGCCUUUGCCUGCCUGCAGCCUCCUCUUGGGUGACUUCCAGGCUCCAGACAUGGGGCUUCCUAAAGUUUGUGCCUCUGCUGUGCUUUUGGUGCUGUCUGCUCUGGGGGCCUGUGCCCUGGACACCUAUGUUGCAGCUGUGUAUGAGCACAACGUCGUCUUGUCAGAGGACACUGAAGUGCCAGUAUCUCCUGAGGAGGCCUUGAUGCUGAUGGAGAAAAAUAUUGCAAUUUUGGAAGUGGCCAUCAAGGAAGCAGCCAGACAGGGUGCCCAUAUCAUUGUGACUCCAGAAGAUGGCAUUUAYGGAUGGGCCUUCACAAGGGAGACAAUAUACCCUUACCUUGAGGAUAUCCCAGACCCWCAGGUGGACUGGAUUCCGUGUGCUGAUCCUGGAAGAUUUGCUCCCUCACCCGUGCUUGAAAGACUGAGCUGUCUGGCAAGGAAUAACUCCAUCUAUGUGGUUGCAAAUAUGGGAGACAAGAAAGCAUGUAAUUCCAGUGAUCCGAMGUGCCCAAGUGAUGGCCGCUAUCAGUACAAUACCAACGUAGUCUUUGACUCAGAAGGGAAACUGGUGGCUCGUUAUCACAAGUACAACCUUUUUGUGACAGAGAAACAGUUUAAUUACCCCAAGGAUCCAGGAUUUGUGACCUUCAAUACAUCCUUUGGCUCUUUUGGCAUUUUCACUUGUGCAGACAUACUCUACCACGACCCCGCCGUGGUCUUGGCAAGCAGACAUCAGGUUGACACCAUUCUGUUCCCAACUGCUUGGGUGAACACCCUCCCWCUGUUGUCAGCAGUCCAGUUUCACUCAGCAUGGGCCAUGGGGAUGGGCGUCAACUUCCUUUCAGCAAACACACACAACUGCACGUUAGAGAUGACAGGGAGUGGUAUUUAUGCYCCAGAUGGUCCAAGAGCAUAUUACUACAAUACUGAAAUGGAUAAUGGUCACCUUUUGGUGACGGAAUUGAGCUCACGCCCACGUCUCUCUCCUGACUAUCCUGCUGCUGUUAACUGGUCAUUGUAUGCCAGCCAGAUCAAACAGCUUCCAUCAAACAAACACUCUUUCAAUGGGGUCGUUUACCACGAUCUUUUCUCUUUUGUGGAGCUCACUGAAUCCGAGGGCAAUCGUGCCAUUUGCCAGCAGGACCUCUGUUGCCAUCUGAGUUAUAAGAUGGUAAAGAAACAUCAAGAUGAAAUUUAUGUYCUGGGUGCCUUUGAUGGGUUACAUGUUGUUGAAGGAGAGUAUUAUUUGCAGGUCUGCACGCUGCUCAAGUGCCUGAGCACAAACCUGAGCUCGUGUGGGCAGCCCGUGGAGAUGGCUCAGACCGAGUUUGAGAUGUUCUCCCUCAGUGGCACGUUUGGCACCAGCUACGUGUUCCCAGAAGUGCUGUACAGUGGGGUGCAGCUGGCCCCUGGGGAGUUUGAGGUGCUAACUGAUGGACGUCUGAUAAGUCGGACUACUACGUCAAAGCCAGUCUUGAGUGUAGCACUCUUUGGGAGGUGGUAUGAAAAGGACCCUCCACACACAGCUCAAGCUUCACCGUGAUUUCACUGCAGAUCCUUUAAGAUUUCAUCUGCUUGUUUCUGUAAUGCUAAUUAAUCACAAAUAAUCAUAACAGUCAUUAAUACUAAUAUUUAUAAUUACAAUAGCAUUCUAUUUCCCAAGUUGCCAUAUCUAAUACCAUAGUCAGUGGACAUGGAUUAAUUGACUUGAUUUUGCAGCAAAAAUAAAUACUCUGCKGGACUGUUGUAUAUGUGUUUUUGUAUGAUAGCUUUGGUUGGCACAGGCUUGGCCUUAGCACUGGGAACAAUAGAAAAUAAAUUCCUCUGACUUUAAUGGUGUAGGAUUCAGGAACAUAGCAGUGGGUUGUGCCCCAAUAAAAAACAGUUCUUCAUUAUGUGAAAUUUUUGGUGGAGUAUUAGAAGCCAUUUCCACAACACUGAACAAGCUGUUUGCUAAACUUAGAUUAACAGAACCUUUGAAGAUUCUUAUUUCCUUUGWAAAAGAAACAAAGCCUCGAAAUUGUUCCUUCAAAAACCAGUUAUUCAGCUCAGCACACCAUAAUGUGUUAUCAUACCAUGCCCUAACUCACUGUUGGAGGAGUCUAAUUUUUCUGGCCACAUUUUUAAGGUGUGGGAAAUUUCCCUACUAGAGAACUGUUGAUAACUGUUUGUAUCAAAAAUGCUCAAAACAAGCCAUUUUUCAGGAGCAUGUCUGUUUUCCCGUUGAAUGGUUGCUCACACCAGUAUGAUGGAGAGUUGGGACARUGCCAGCAGGUGUUGGGUAUGGCGAGUGAACAGCUGGAACAAGUGGGACACAUUGGCACGUGUGCGGAUGUGGGCCCUGCAGACUGUACUUCCUAGGCAAGUGG